AUGGAUGACGAUUUCAACUCUGACAUUGACUUUGGGCCUCCCGAGGCUGACAAGCGAGCUUAUACCAUCGGACAAGACUCAACUGAUGCAAUCAUCCAGAACUCGGCCGCGAAUCGUCUUACAUCAAAGAAAAGGGUGAAACAGCUUCAGUUUGGUCAUGGUGCUCCAGGUACUCGCUAUAGUCAGAAUUUGUGGGUGCGGCGGUUCAAUGCCUAUCGGCAACACUCCCUGCGUGAGGAUCCGACUGUUCCCUUUACUGGCGAGGAUCUGAUACGAUUCUUCGACUCUAUCAUCGGUAAGAAUGUCAUUCUCGCUAGGAGUGAUUACCGUCACCUUUAG